ACCCAACAAAGGACUGGAUGUAAACGUAUCUCAAGAAAUCCGUCUUAUACUCGAUUGGGGACUGAUGGAUGUGUAGGAAAUCAAAUGAAGUCUUAUAUCAGUAGACUGAUGUAUAAUAACAGAAAGAGGAAUUUAAAUAAUUAACUAAUGAGUUUUCCACUGCUUCGGCAUGUUUCUGAUCUGUGGAGAUUCAUAGAAUAGUAGUAGUAAUGAAGAAUCUCAUUACUACUUUCUUUUUCUUCUUAUUCAUUGCAUUCUCUAUUACCUCCUUUUCCACUUCAUCAUCAUCAGCUUCUUACCUUCAGGGAAGUACUGGUAAACCUCAAGGUUUUGCUUCAGGAGAAGAGAAGGUGGGAUCGUGGACAAAGGGACUCCUUCAGUUCUCAGAAUCACCAUCGCCUUCGUAUGAGCAUCCACCAGGAGAUACGCUUAUUUUGGCUGCAAAGAGGACUAUAAGACCUGACAUUCUUAGUGGGUUCAGGCGAUAUCGAGGUGGUUGGGACAUUCGUAAUCGCCAUUACUGGGCUUCUGUCGGGUUUACAGGUUCUGCUGGGUUCAUCCUUGCUGCACUUUGGUUUGUGUGUUUUGGCUUUGCUCUAGUCGUGCAUCAUUGCUGUAGAUGGAAUUUAGGCAUGAAACACAAAGUCUCCGAAAGUCAGCAUAAGAUUUGCCUAAUUUUGCUACUUGUCCUCACAUGUGCUGCAGCGACUGGAUGUAUUCUUCUCUCUGUCGGGCAGGAUGAAUUUCAUGGUGAGGUGAUGCAUGCUAUGACCUAUGUUGUGAUUCAAUCAGAUUAUGUUGUGCAGACGCUGAGAAAUGUCACUCAGUAUCUGUCAACUGCCAAGAAUAUAAAGGUGGACCAGCUUUUCCUUCCGUCAGAAGUAAAGGAUGAAAUUGAUAAGUUAAACAUGGAUCUAAGCGCUGCAGCGAAUACACUGGCAGAGAAAACGAGUGAAAACUCUGGCCGGAUAAAAAAACUUUUCAAUGCUGUGCGAUCAGCAUUGAUCUCAAUGGCUGCAGUUAUGCUUCUCCUGUCUCUUCUUGGUCUUUUGCUUUCAGUGCUUGGGCAUCAACAUGCGAUUUACAUAUUUAUCUGGAGCGGGUGGCUUCUCGUGGCUGUUACAUUCCUUCUUCUUGGUGUUUUUAUCAUCCUAAACAAUGCUAUUUCAGACACUUGUGUGGCCAUGGAUGAAUGGGUGGAAAAUCCCAAUGAUGAAACAGCUUUAAGUAAUAUACUCCCGUGUGUUGAUCAAGUUACAACAAGUAAAACCCUUACCCAAAGUAAGGAAGUCAUCAAUCAACUCGUCAAUAUUGUUAACACUGCGAUAUGGUCCUUUGCCAACUGGGAUCCACCUCCUCAGGAUACUUUCGCUUACUCCAAUCAGUCUGGGCCUUUGAUGCCACCUUUGUGUUCCCCGUUUGAUUCCCAACUGCAUGAUCGCCCUUGUGCAUCAGAAGAGGUGUCCUUUUCCAAUGCUUCUCUGGUGUGGCAGAACUACACUUGCACGGUGUCUGCAUUGGGUUUAUGCACCAGUGCCGGGAGGAUAACACCGAAUAUGUACACACAGCUGGUAGCGGCUGUGGACGUUAGUUAUGCUCUUGAUCACUAUACUCCACCAUUGUUGAGUCUCCAGGACUGUAAUUUUGUGCGGGAUACGUUCAGGAACGUUACAGUAAAGUAUUGCUCUCCGUUGGAGGGUUUUCUUAGAAUGGUAAACGCAGGUUUGGUGCUCAUAUCUAUAGGAACCAUGAUGUGCCUCAUCUUCUGGAUACUAUAUGCAAACCACCCCCGAAGGGAGGAAGUGUUUGUGAAAAAGCUAUCUUUGCCGAUAAUUGCUUUAUGUCGUCUUUGUAACAAAGAUUGUAAUAUUAACUCCAAUAAUAACACAGUACCAUCUACAGGUGUUGAAGUGUAAAGCUCUUCGGGUAUAGUAAAAUGUAGUAAGAAUGAACAUAUGAGAUAGGAUUCGUUCUUAAAAAUAAAUGAUGCUUCACUCCCAAAA